AUGUUCCUGCGCUACCUAAUCGUUGCGUUGGCCGUGGUCUCGUGCGCGUCGGCCGCGGACUCGGCCUGCCACGCAAACUGCGUUUGCAAAUGGAAACAGGGCAAACGCUGGGCGAGCUGUCAAGGCAAGAACAUGAUCACGGUACCGAACGGUCUGCCGUCGGAAAUCCAAGUGAUCGACUUGGAGAAGAAUAACUUCCACACUCUGCCCACGAAAAUAUUCCAAGAGCGGGGCUUGACCAAUCUGCAGAAGAUCUACCUCCAGCACUGUCGACUGGGCAGGAUAGCGGUGGACUCGUUGCAUCAGCUGACGAAUUUAGUCGAACUAGAUCUUUCUCACAAUCUCCUAACGGAAAUUCCCACCGAGGCGUUGAUGGCGGCGAGCCAUCUGCGCAAGUUGCACCUGAACAACAAUCCCAUCUCGGAGCUGACGAACGGCUCGUUCAAAGGUCUCGACCACCUACAGCACCUAUCGCUGUCCGGAUGUCAAGUGCACCACAUAGACGUGGCGGCUUUCGCCAGUUUAGAAUCCCUGAAAGCCCUCUAUCUGGACACGAAUCGGCUGACGACGCUGCGUGCCGAGACAGUAUCAACCCUUCCCCGGAUAACCGAGCUCACUCUGACGGGGAACCCGUGGCAUUGCGAUUGCCAUCUAGCGCCCCUGCGAAAAUGGAUGAUCCGACGCAGUAUCGGCAACCUCUACGCGCCCCACUGUGCUUCGCCCGAACGCAUACGUGAGGUCUCGUGGACCGAGCUCGACGUCGAGGAUUUCGCAUGCCUGCCCGAAAUCGCCCUACAGCUCAACAUGCUCCACGUACACGUCGAGGAGGGCGCCAACGUCACUCUGGUGUGUGGCGUUCGCUCGCAGCCCGUGUCCGUGAUCCGGUGGGAACCCGCUGAGAUUUCGAACGAAACCUACAUGGACCCGGAUCGUUACCACACGAAGAUCGACGACGCCCAACAGGGUCUGCAGGUGAGCUAUCUCUGCAUCGACCACGCUCAACUCGACGACUCAGGCGUGUAUGUUUGCGUGUCAGAGAACAAGGCAGGAAUUACGGCGGCCAACUUCACCCUGCAUGUGACUAAGCAGCUCUUGAACCCAACCCAUCUGGGUCGGACGGGAACCAUUACUGUUAUCGCACUUUUCGUGCUCGUGGCGAUUCUCAUCGCGUUGGGCCUGUGCUUUUUCGUGAUGCGUCAGAGACAUCGAGCCGAUUCCGAUACGAAGGUUCCCCCGAACCAGAGCUUCCUCAAGCAGUUGGCCGUGGUAAAAACGGUCAAGGGAGCACCGGAAGUUAUUCCAGUUGUUGCUGCGAGUCCCAAAUCCGAAUUCGACGGGGUGGACAAGCGAGCCGAGAACGGGUCGUCGGGCUAUGGCUCCGACCAAACGCCAGACCUCGUCAACAAGAUCGGAUUCGACAAAGAGAUUCACUUAUACAACGGACCCGUCGGCAACGGCUACGCGAACCCGGCCGACCCAGCGUACAGACAUUCGCCGAUGAUGAGCCAAUUGAACACGACCUACCAACAGGAUGACUAUGCAUUGGGUCCGAUACCGGGUGAGGCCGCACUUGGCGGCAGAGCGUAUUCUCCAGAACCCCUACCCCCAGUACAUCCCGCAAACCAAAGAUGGACGCAGUCCGCAACUUCUCCCGUCGACGUCGGUGGCUAUAGGAAUUCCGCCAACCAGUCGCAAACGGUAGGAAUUCCCACAUCGCCAUCAAUGUCGCAACAAAACUGGGCACCUGCACCGGCGGUGCCACCUAGAGCACCGAUGGCGGCUUUAGUGUCACCUCACGGCGAUACGAGAUACUCGCCCGACGAGGGUUACGCUGAAGAAACGAUAUGUUAUGAAGGAACCGAGGUAUGA